ACGGGUAAAGGCUGUGCUCCAUUUUACAUAACACAUUUUCAUCGGUGAAAAUAAUUUGAAAAUCGAUCAGAAAUGAGGUUUUCAUUGAUAUUCGCAAUAAGUGUUCUGCACAUUUUUGAGAUUGCAUCAACGCAACAAUAUAAAUACAUUAAUAUAGGCGGCAUUUUCCCGAAAAACAACAAUGAAUUGGUGGAAUCCUUCGCAAAUAUAGCUAAAACGAAAAAUACAUUUAGUGAGACGGUCAAAUUGGAAACAAUUAUUAGCACUGUCGAUAUAAACGAUAGUAUUCAAGUGCAAAAGGCUGUUUGUGACAUGGCUGACCAAAAUGUUGCAGCAAUUUUUGGUCCAAAUUCUCUGAAGACUUCAGGUCUUGUGGCAUCGAUUUGUAAGAAACUUCGGAUUCCACAUUUCACAGCCUUUUUUCAGCCAAUUGAGAUCGACAAUUUUAACAGAACCAAUUCCUAUACUCGAAACUUAUUUCCACAUGCGAAGAAGUUUUCCGAAGCCAUGAUGGAAAUUGUGAAAAGCUUGCGAUGGACGAAAUUUGCGAUCAUUUACGAUUCGGAAGGAAGUUUGGAAAAAUUUCAAGAUACAUUCAAUGACAUUGCAAGAUUGGAUACUACUGGUGAUCCAUCCAUAGCCGUUUAUAAAUUGCCCACCGAUUCGGACAACUAUGAGCCUUUGCUCAAAUCCAUAUCAAAAUCAGGCCACAAUCGAAUUAUAAUCGAAUGCACAAUGGAACACACUUAUUCCAUUCUAAAACAAAGUUCCAAAGUUGGAAUGAUGAGUGAAUAUGUGAGUUAUUUUAUUACGGGUAUUGAUGGAUAUUUGCUUGAUUUGAUGCCAUUGCCCGAUGUGAGCGCAAACAUCACAACAAUUCGUUUCAUAAAUCCAACGAAUGCUGACAUUUACGAAUAUGAAAUCAAACCAUAUUUCGUGCGAAAUCGCAAUUACAAACCAAUGUUCAAUCCGUAUUCAAUGACAACAGAAACUGCUUUGAUGCAAGACGCUGUGACGGUGUUCUCGGAGGCUUUUGGCGACAAUAGAACAUUUAUCGAACAAUUUAAUAUGAGUCCAACUUCUUGUUACGCCACUUACGAUGAAAAUCAAUUCGACAAUGACAGCGGCAGAGAUAUUCUCAACAAAGUCGAUGAAAAUACCGUUCGAGGAUUAACCGAGGAAAUUCGUUUCAAUGAAGACGGACAACGAGAUUUGUUUUAUAUUGAGGUGCUUCAACUAUCUCGCAAUGAGUCCGGUGACAAUUAUAAUAACUUCAAGAAAGUUGCCGUUUACGACUCAAGAUACGGAAUAUCAUUGUUGCGUAAUUUUUCAACUGUUGAAGAACAAACGACGUUAUCGAUGCAAGCCAAAAUAUUUGACGUUAUUAUUCGUGAUGGCAUGCCAUUUGUGCGGAAAAAAGAAGGUGUGACUUUGGGUCCAAAUGUUACUGAAAUCGAUUUGUACGAAGGUUUUGCGAUGGAUCUCAUAAAAAACCUUGCAAUUGAAUGUAAAUUUCGAUACAGAGUUUCGGUUAGGGAAAUUGAAAAUGGUAAAAUCGACGAAAACACCGGACAAUGGACUGGAAUCGUUAAGGAAAUUAUUGACAAGAGAGCUGACUUGGCAAUUGGAGAUAUAACCGUUACUCAAGCUCGCAAAAGUGUAUUGGAUUUUAGCACGCCAUUCAUGACACUGGGUAUCAGCAUUUUAUAUGCAAAGCCAUUCAAAGAAAAAGCCGGAUAUUUCGCGUUCAUGGACCCUCUUUCGACGCAUGUUUGGCUACAUGUGGCUACAGCUUUUUUGUGUAUUUCGAUUAUAGAAUAUCUACUGGCAAAGAUGGCCGCAAACGAUUGGGAAAAUCCACAUCCAUGUGAUGAAAACCCCGAAGAAUUGGAAAAUAUUUGGAACAUGCAUAAUUGCAUAUGGCUGACUGUCGGUUCUAUUAUGCAACAAGGAUGUGAUAUUCUUCCCAAGGGUGUUCCUACUCGAUUGGCUGCUGCUGUUUGGUGGUUCUUUGCUCUCAUCGUCAUUUCUUCAUAUACGGCAAAUCUUGCCGCUUUCUUGACCAAGGAACGAAUGGAAGAAAGUAUUAGUGGCGUUGAAGAUCUUUCUGUACAAAAUAAGAUCCGAUACGGAUUACAAAGAGGUGGCAGCACAGAAGCAUUUUUUAAGAACUCAAAUUUUUCCAUGUAUCAAAAAAUGUGGUCGGUCAUGGAAAAAGCUGAUCCAAGCGUGUUUGUAAAUAACAACGAAGAAGGUGUUGAACGAGUUAAACGCGGUAAUAGAAAUUAUGCAUUCUUUAUGGAAUCAGCGCCGAUCAAGUACGAAAUUCAUCGUGAAUGUAAUUUAAC